GCUUUGUCACUACUCGGUGUUACGACGUUGUUGUUGCUGAUUCACUAUCAUCACGGUUAAAUGUUGCUUUCUCCAUUGCACCUUUGGACCAUGAAUGGUUUCUCCUUUCUUUUUCUAUGAUUUGGCUGUCAGCCAUUAUUUGCCAUCCUGUUGUGUUUGUCCUCGUUAAAGUUAUCUGCAUGGCCUGCAGACUGCACAAGUUUAUGUCAGUUAUUGGGUUUUUAUUAUUGAAAAAGUUAUUGUUAUUGUAAAGUGGUUCUAACGUAGAAUCACACUGCCGACAUGACCAUUUAUGGUAUGUCGCCUUUAUAGACUGUUUGUGUUCUAUGACGAUGGGAUCAUCUCGACCAUGUGUCCCUGUUUUCUUUUCUCUUACCGUUGUCCAUCACAUUUCUGUUCGUUCAUUAACUGUUUGACCGGUCAAAUAAUGGCGGAGAUCGUUUUUUCUGUUGAAGGGAAUGUGAUCUACCUGAGAUUCCUGUAUCUACUUGAUAUAGAGCAGAAGGCAAACAAUUUGUGAUAAUGAAUAUCAUGUAAGGGACAUUUAGCGUUUACCUAGAUCAGCUGUCAGUUAAAUUUGCGAUAAAGAAACCUGUUGGUGAAUUGGGACGUUUGCAUUCUUCAAUCGUGAGCUGUGGUGGUAUGAGUUGGACUGGUCAUUCUUCAUCUUUCUUUUGAAAGUCGGAAACUUGGAUGAUGGUAAUGUGGGCUUGCUAAGGAGCGUCCUAAUUGCAUUUGUUGGUGAUGAUUCAAUUACUCACAGUAUGCAAUUUCUUUUCUCUUUGGGCUGUUUUAUUCACCUGAAAGAAUUUUCCAUUUGCAUGCCACACUUGCUUUGCCUUUCCUUGGUGCAAGGCAAAAUCCCUGGCGUCAAUGAUAAAGGCAGCCUUAAAAAUGUUGGCUGAAGGAGGUAAAGUUUUCUUCUUGAAAAAGGAAAAGAAAAUGGUAAGCUUGCAAGCGUUUUGCAAUGCUUGACAAAUUAAUAGGGAAAAGGAAUGGAAAUUUUGCCCUCACCCAAACAGGGCCUCUGCAAAUUGGAUAAUUUUCUUUGGCUGCAAGGUGUUUCUUGGUUUUAGCUCAAUUUUCUCCAUCUUACUGGGGCUUUCCGUUGACCUGUAUAUUGCUUACUGACUACAGAAGAUUGGUGCAUUUUGCCUGGAAUUCUGACUUUUAAAGUGCUUUGAGAUCUUUGCUUUUAUUUCUGUUAUGGAACGUGUAGUUAAGCACUGGACUUCUAGGGAGGAUCAGGUGUGCGUGUGAUUUAUGUCAUCACAAGCUGCAAUUUCAAAUUUCUCAGGAAAGAAUUCUCUCUGUUGUUCAACAUAUGUAUCUGGGGUGAAGCAUUUGAUUCUCUGCGUGCAUUGGUUGUGAAGGCAUGCACACUGUCAGUUUCCAAGAGGCUUCCUUUUGAUGGGCUGCAUACAUAACCAAAGCAAGAAGAAGAAAUUGAAGAGGUGGUUCUUUAUAGAUAAAAGGGUUGGAUAAAUAUCUGGACACCAGCAAAUUCGACCUGACCAUCUGGCGCUGGAACUUAUCUGGAGAAAGCCUUGAAACCUGGAUGAAAUGGACCUUAAAUCAAACCAUACUUCACCUGUUCUUACAGAUCCUGCUCCAUUAACCAAGUCAAGACUGGGCAUUCACUCAUUGCUUUAUUCUCCACCAGCCACAUCAUUCCCUUCCAUACUAUGUCGGUCAAUUUCGAAGAAGAAAAUAACUCCGAGCAAACUUGAUGAUGCUCUUGCCAGUGGUUUGCUUGAUUCAAUGAAAUCUUCCUCACCUCCAAGGAAAUUUUUUGCUAAGGAUUUUAGCUUUGAAAUUGCAAAGUUGGAUGGGGUUGAUGCAGCAUAUCAUUCAUGGAUGCUCAAACACCCAUCAGCCUUGAGUUCGUUUGAGAAGAUUGCAGACUCUGCCAAUGGAAAGCAGAUAGCUUUGUUUCUUGACUAUGAUGGGACAUUGUCACCAAUUGUUAAUGACCCUGAUCGUGCUUUUAUGUCUGAUGCAAUGCGUGAUGCUGUAAAACAAGUAGCAAAGUGUUUUCCAACAGCAAUAAUUAGUGGAAGAUCCCGUGAUAAGGUAUUUGAGUUUGUUGGAUUGACUGAACUCUAUUAUGCUGGGAGUCAUGGGAUGGAUAUAAUGUGUCCUUCUAAACAUUGUCCAUUUGUACAUAUUCAUCCAAAUUGUGUUAGGUUGACUGAUAACACGGGAAAGGAAAUUACUUUGUUCCAACCUGCUAGUGAAUUUUUACCUCUGAUUGAUGAGGUUUUUAAGGUGCUUAUUGAGAGCACAAUAACAAUUAAAGGUGUGAAGGUAGAGAAUAAUAAGUUUUGUGUGUCGGUACACUAUCGGCUUGUGGAAGAAGAGAAAUGGUCAAAAGUUGCACAAUGUGUUGAUGAUGUACUAAGUCAUUACCCUCGAUUGAGACUAACCCAUGGGCGAAAGGUUUUAGAGGUCCGUCCAGUGAUCAAGUGGGAUAAGGGAAGAGCAAUUGAGUUUCUACUUGAUUCAUUUGGUCUUGGUAAUCGCAGCAAUGUGCUUCCUAUAUAUAUUGGAGACGAUCGUACAGAUGAAGAUGCUUUCAAGGUUCUGCGCAAACAGGGUCGAGGUUGCGGCAUUUUAGUGACAUCUGUGCCCAAGGAAACGAAUGCUUUUUACUCCUUGAGAGAUCCGGAUGAGGUGAUGCAUUUCCUCAAGAACUUGGUUCGCUGGAGUAAGGGAGCUCGUGAAUGAAGAAUUUUAUCAUCAUAUUCUGUCCAUUGUACAUGUCAGUAAUAUGUCGUAUCAAAUUUAUAGAUUGGGGUGACGAAAGAGAUAGAUAUCACCGCCCAUAUUACCAAGCUGCCGUCUGUCUGCAGCUGCUUUUUUGCACCCCUUUGUUCUAUAUGUAAAGUAUAAAGUUAAUACACAGUUGUCAAUUCUUUUCGUUGUAUAAACCAUUCUUUUGAAGUUUUGGCAGUGUUCAAAUUUUAUUCUAUCAAUUCAUCAACAGAUGCACCUUUU